AUGUCCAUCCAACCAGACAACAAUGGUUUAUUUGCAAAGCUUAGAAGGGGUUUUGCGGUCCUCGGAUUUCUCUACCUUGGGGCAGUUAUCCUUCUAGCAGUACCCUGGUUCCAGUCCCACAUUUUGUACAUGAACGCCUUGAAGCUACCUUGGAACGCGCAUUUUGAUGCACCGGAAAGGCAUGGUCUUGCACCUGGGAAAACGGCAAACAUCAAGAUUCAGACUGCAGACAAUCACACUCUCGGCGCAUGGUUCAUUCUCUCAGAUACCAUAUAUCACAACUUGUCCUUUCCCCCGCCUCCAUCUGCCGCAGAAUCGCACAUUUCAGAGGCCGUGGCACAGCGUCCAACUGUGCUCUUUUUCCACGGCAAUGCUGCCACGCGGGCUCUAGGCAUGCGUGUUCGCCUAUAUUCUGGGUUUACCUCGCGCCUGAACGCAAAUGUCCUAGCAAUAGAUUAUCGUGGAUUUGGGGAUAGUCCAGGUACACCUACAGAAGACGGCUUGUCACUAGAUGCAAGAGCUGCAUGGGAUUGGUUGAUCGCACAAGGUGCUUCGCCACAGGAUGUCCUUAUAGUCGGUCACAGUUUGGGAACUGCAGUGGCGUCCAGGCUCUCUGUUGAUCUCUCCGAAGACGGCGUCAAGUUUAAAGGGACCGUCCUUAUGUCUCCUUUCUCCUCGCUCUAUACCCUGGUAGAUACCUAUAACAUUUUCGGUGUAUUUCCUGUCAUGUUACCCAUUAACAUGAUACCUCGAGCGGCCGAUAUUUAUAAGAGUUUUCUCGUCCACAAGUUUGACACUUUGUCGGUGAUAUCGAAACUCAAGGUACCAAUAUUGAUACUGCAUGCGGAGGAUGAUUGGGAUAUCUCACACACCCACUCCGACGCUCUAUUUGAUGCUCUCCUUGAACCAUAUCUCCCUUCCGUCUACUCUCCGUCAGCAAGCCAAGAGUCGUGGUCAACACAACAGUGGAACGAGUACCAUGCUCAACUGGUCACGCGAAGGGAAACCCGAGAGUCCUUAUUGACCCGUACCGUCAUCCCCAACUUUGGGUUAAUGGAUCAGUUCGAUGGUUUUGGGGAACGAAUUACCCUGCUCAAAACUUCCACUGGUUCUCACAACGAGGUUGGUACUCUUGAAGGUGUUCAAGAAGUGAUACGCGUUACAUUCUUCACGCCUGAAGACUUGCAUUGA